UUUAGGGAGAUCGCUACGUCUCAAAGGUAGGGCCUUCAAGGCGAUGGAGCUCGCUUGCGAGAAUGGGAGGUGUCUGGUUUGCAAGAGGGAGCCGCCAGAGCAGGAGAUCCUGCCUUGCGCCAGCUGCGGCUGUCUGUGGCAUCUUCAAUGCCUCAAGACGCCCAAGACCCUGGCGGAUGUUCGUCCUGACUACUGGGAGUGCCCGGAUUGCGAGUACGAUCCGGCCAGCAGCGGGAAGCCGCCGCCAAGCGGUGGUGGUGGAGAUAAGGUGCUGCUGACAAAGAUCCGUGAGAUAAAUGCGGAUAACACUCUCUCCGACGUCCAGAAAGCAGCGAAGCGGCAGAAGCUACUAAGCAAUGGUGCUGUUCCGGCUGGAAGUCAGGAAGAUCGAGAUGAGUUGAUUUGCAUCUUUUGCCAGGGCCCUCUCGAUCGCCCAGUCACGACACCUUGCGGCCACAACUUCUGCCUCAGAUGUCUCCAGAAGUGGUUCGCCCAGGGACACAAGAAAUGCGGGAAAUGCCGGGUGGAUUUCCACCGAAGUUUUAUUCAGCAGCCAAAGAUCAACCCGGUGCUUGUGCAAGCCAUUCGAAUGGCCAAGACUGCUGCCAGUGGGGUGAGCUCAUCAGCUUCCAAGUCCGUCCAGUUCCUCCAAAACCAGCACAGGCCAGACAGAGCAUUCAAGAGCGAGAGAGCGAAGAAAGCCGGCUUGUCCAACGCGUCGAGUGGCAGGAUCUUCGUCACGGUUGGCAAGUAUCACUUCGGGGCUAUACCAGCCGAGAAUGACCCCGAGAGGAACUUGGGAGUUUUGGUUGGCGAGACUUGGGCGGAUAGGAUGGAGUGCAGGCAAUGGGGUGCUCACAGCCCCCACGUCGCGGGAAUCGCUGGGCAAAGCGACAGAGGUGCUCAGUCUGUGGUCAUGUCUGGUGGCUACGAGGACGACGAGGACCAUGGAGAAUGGUUUCUCUACACCGGGAGUGGUGGCAGGGAUUUGAGUGGUAACAAACGAACGAACGAUCAAUCGUUCGACCAGGUCUUUUCGAAAUCGAACAGAGCUCUCUCUGUAAGCUGUUUGAAAGGGUACCCCGUACGCGUUGUGCGAUCGUCGAAAGACGUGCGUUCUGCUUACGCACCUCAAGAAGGCCUGAGGUACGAUGGACUGUACAGAAUUGAGAGAUGCUGGCGGAAAAUCGGUCUCAAGGGCUUUCUGGUGUGCCGGUAUUUGUUCGUCAGGUGUGACAACGAGCCGGCACCCUGGACAAGUGAGGACUAUGGUGAUCGGCCACGUCCACUUCCGGAGAUUGCAGAGCUUAAAAAUGCCACGGACGUCAAAGAAAGGAAGACGGAACGGCCGGCAUGGGACUGGAAGGAGGACGAGAAUGUCUGGGGAUGGACUAAGGCACCUCCAAGUUAUAAUCCGUCAUCUGCUCGGAAGAAAACUGUAUCGUCAAAGGAAAAGGAACUGAAAACCAGAUUUGGAUGUGGCCUUUGCAAAAAUGUAUUGCAACGUCCGCUUUGCGCUCCUUGUGGCCACAAUUUUUGUCAGUCUUGUUUGAUUGGUCAUUUUGCUGGCCACAAGGACGUUCGAGAGAGGGGCAAUGGCCGACGGUCCCUCAGAGUUCGGAAGAACCAGAAGCUGUGUCCUCAGUGUAACAAGGACAUCGCUGAUUUUCUGGAAGCCCCUGCAGUCAACAACGAUAUGGAUAAUGUCAUUCAAAAGCUGAAAGAUGCCAUUGCGAAACAGGAAGAGGAAAAUCGUGAUACUGCUGCUGAUGACGAUGGAGAUGAAGGGGCUGAAGAAGCGGAAGAAAACGAAGAGGCUGACGAAGAGAAGGACGAGGAUUGUUUCGGACGUGUGGGUGCGAGUGUUACGGUGGGCAAGGAAAUUGAGAUGGAAAGUGCCAUUGCCAAGAGAAAAGAGAAGGAUAUAGCUGCAAAUGCAGGAGUCAAGGUAAAUGAGGACACGACUGUAAACGGAGAACUUUUUGUACUCAAGGAAAAAUCGGCACGGAGAACGCUCAAGGUAAAUGAGGAUACGAAUGGUGUACUAUCGGUGGGCAAGGACACGAAAACAGUCAAGGGUUCGACUGGAAAACAUUCCUUGGGCAAGGAAAACUCGGCCACCAUUGAUGUGGAGGAUGGCGAUGAAGAACUUUCCAUGAGGGGAGAAGAGGCUCCUAGAAAAGCCAAGGAAGUGGGAGAACUUCGCUUGGGAAAUGGCAAAAGAGCUGCUGUGGACAUCUCUAGCAUUGCAAAGAGAACCAGAAGUAAGGGAACUGUGGAGCAGAAGAAGUCUGUUGUUAUCGUUUUGGAUGAUGAUUGACUAGCCUUUCAUACAUUUUAAGUUUUGAGAAUUCUUUAGUAUGUUAUCUUUCUCAAUUCUUAACUUAAUCGAUUGUUAAUAUGAAGUA